AUGAGCUGGGGAGCCAUCAAAACCCCUCACCGACAGCUGGCCAAUGAGUGGCUCCAGUGUCCUUGCCAUCCCAACCCUUGCCACAACAGAGGAAUGUGUGAGAUCAGUGAGACUUACAGGGGGGACACAUUUAUUGGAUAUGUCUGCAAGUGUCCACCAGGCUUCAGUGGGAUUCACUGCCAACACAAUCUCAACGAAUGUGAAAGAGACCCGUGUAAGAAUGGGGGCAUUUGCACAGAUCUGGUCGCCAACUACUCUUGUGAAUGCCCAGGGGAGUACAUGGGGAGGAACUGCCAGUACAAAUGCUCUGGCCCACUGGGCAUGGAGGGUGGUAUCAUCUCCAACCAGCAGAUAACAGCCUCCUCCACCCACCGUGCUCUGUUCGGCUUGCAGAAGUGGUACCCGUACUUUGCACGCCUCAACAAGAAGGGCCUGGUCAAUGCCUGGACAGCUGCCGAGAACGACAGAUGGCCCUGGAUCCAGAUAAACCUGCAGAGGAGGAUGAGGGUCACAGGCCUAAUUACCCAGGGUGCAAAGCGCAUUGGCAGCCCAGAGUACGUCAAGUCUUACAAAGUAGCCUCCAGUGACGAUGGGAAGACCUGGAGAACAUACAAAGUCAAGGGCACAGACGAGGAUAUGAUUUUCAGAGGAAAUGUGGAUAACAAUGCUCCAUCAGCCAACUCCUUCACCCCUCCGAUUGAGGCCCAGUAUGUGCGUAUCUACCCUCUGGUGUGCAGAAGGCACUGUACGCUGCGCAUGGAGCUGCUCGGAUGUGAGCUAACAGGAUGUUCUGAGCCCAUGGGAAUGAAGUCAGGCCACAUCCAGGACUACCAGGUCACGGCCUCGAGCAUCUUCAGGACACUCAACAUGGACAUGUUUACCUGGGAGCCUGGAAAAGCAAGAUUGGACAAGCAAGGCAAAGUCAAUGCCUGGACAGCUGGACACAGUGACCAGUCUCAGUGGCUACAGAUGGACAUGAUUGUGCCUACCAAGAUAACAGGUAUCAUCACACAGGGAGCCAAAGACUUUGGCCACGUCCAGUUUGUUGGCUCGUACAAGGUGGCGUACAGUAACGAUGGAGAGCGGUGGAUUAUAUAUCAAGAUGAAAAGCAAGGGAAGGACAAGGUCUUCCAAGGAAACUUUGACAAUGACACACACAGAAAGAAUGUGAUAGAUCCACCCAUCUAUGCUCGGUUCAUCCGGAUCCUCCCAUGGUCGUGGUAUGGCAGGAUCACUUUGCGUGCAGAGAUACUGGGAUGCACAGAGGAGGAGGAGGAGUGAUCCCCUUGGCUUGCCAGAUGUAUCCAAGCCAGUAUUUCCAUAUAAAACUGUGCAACCUGUAAAAAUAAAUCAAUUUCCAAUGGAUUUUUCAAUAAUGAAUAUUUAAUUGUGGUGGGUUGCUGUUGUUUUUUUUGUACAAUAAUUUAAACCUGCCCCUGUCUCACUUCCGUGUUUUUUUGUGAUCAUAGUCUUUUUAGUCCUCUCGAGAUUUUCCAUCCUAUUUGGAAGGAACUUAUGUAACAUAAAUGAGAGGGAUUG